AUGCCCGGAGCGAAUAAGCGAGUGGUGGAUCGACUCAAAGGACGUUUCACGAAUCGUCAAAGGAGAUUCUUCAUCAAACAAGGAGUAUCGGUCGACGGUUGUCGUUCAAACAAGGUGCAACAGCGCAGAUUGAGGAGAGGGGGGUUAACGAGGAGAUACGGAAGAGCAACAGGCGACGACAAGAGGAAUCGAGGACGAUUCCACGGAGGGGGAGAUACUGUCACGAACCUAGUAACACCCGACGACAAGGUAUCACGAAACACGAUUCGACAUCGGGUCCGUCUACAACCAGCCUUUGACACGUCAUGGAGGUUAUCACGCGCGACGAAUCACGAAACACGAAUCGACAAGCGCGCGCGCGCUUCAGCAUCCGUCAUCUCGUUCAUCCCGACACUUGACACGUCAUGCGAUUCACAAAUCGACCUUGUCAAGUUAUUCGAGGUAACCGACCUCACCGGAGGUGACAGGUACAAGGACGAAAUCAAGAACGAUACGUUGGGGAAACCGACAUCGAAGGAACGGACGUCUGCCUACACAAAAGACGAAACGACCUUAGACAGGGACGGAAAGUAA